AUGAAACCUGAAACCGAGCACCAGACAAUUGCAAGACCAAACAGUACAAAGCAUACUGGCACACCUCCCAGCAAAGAGAGAGACCAAAACUUCAAAAUAGCAGAACAAACCAAGAGACACCCACCCAACGUAGACACCCUAGGGCUUCAGUACAGGUCACGACCAUUGGCCUACAAGGAGCCUGGGCUGGAGACUCGCACACGGAGAACGCCCUAG